AUGUUUCUACUAGAUAUUCAAGCUCCUAGCUGUAACAACGAAUCCGACGAAGGAAGCUCGUCAAUUUGGCAUAAAAUUCGUGGUUACAGGAACGUGGUACAUAGACCACGUGAGUUGUCUAAACAGGUAAUCAUGGCCUUGAGUCAGAGAAAGAUCUAUGACCUUAAAGCGGUGGGCAAACAGACAAACAAAAGUGAAGACGAGAAUGAGAUCGAUAUGCGGCUUUGGAAGUUGAUAAACGAUACGUCCGUUGACUUGGACUCGUUCUACCCUCUGGUCAAAUCGAUGGAUUUGAUAAUAGACAGUUUUUGUGAUCGUGUUGAAAAUAUUGUUCUGAAGUAUCAGGUCGGUGUGAUUCUUGUUCCAUAAUAAAUAUUUAUUACACAAUAGGCGUAUCUAUACGUUAUCACGUCCAUUACGCAUACUGAUUUUUUAUCACUACAGCGAUUAUUAUUUAUAAAUAAGAAUUUUUCGAGUUAAUUUUAUUUCGCUUUUUUAUUCAGUCACUACAGAAUUGUAUGAUCUCUUAUUCAAAAUAUUUUCAAGCAACAGCCAACGUUUUCAAACUAAGAUUCAGAAGGUAGAUAUUUGUCUAAAUAUAUACCGUCUAGGUGUUAUCUAUUGAGUUUUAUGAACUAUUAUAAGUAGAGCACAGAUAAUACAUGCACGAGGAAGUAAUAAAUGUGUCAUAUAAUCUUCAUUGAAAAUUAUAAAAAAACUUAAAAAGUCAAGUAAAUUACUCGAGCAAUAGCUGACAAUUUUGUUCGGUGUGGCGCAUAAUUUUUAUUGAAACAUGCAAGUAGUACACUUUAAUAUACAAAAAUAAGCAAAAUACAAUUUUUGUUAUGACUUUUUUUUAAAAAUGAUUCGUUUAGACUAUUAACAAACUUCUAAAAAGAAAAAAACAUGCAGUAACAUGCAAGUCUGUACUCUAUUUUAUAAAAGUUGCAAAUUUAGACCAAAGAAAAGAAGAAAAAAAUAAUUGAUUUCAUAUCUGUAUUGUUAGACAAUAUUUAAAUUCAUCAAUAUUACAANUUUUUGUUAUGACUUUUUUUUAAAAAUGAUUCGUUUAGACUAUUAACAAACUUCUAAAAAGAAAAAAACAUGCAGUAAAAUGCAUGUCUGUACUCUAUUUUAUAAAAGUUUCAAAUGUAGACCAAAGAAAAGAAGAAAAAAAUAAUUGAUUUCAUAUCUGUAUUGUUAGACAAUAUUCAAAUUCAUCAAUAUUACAUAAUAUUAUUUUACUAAAAAUCGCUGGUUUAUGAUAAAAUAAUCAGCCCGUAGUUACCUAUGUGUAAUCUAUUGAAUUUAACUAUUGCACAAAGGCGACUCUGUGUGAGUUGAAAAAAGAACUGAAUUGGAUAACGAAAGAAAUGAACAAAAUCGACGAAGAAUUGUGCGAAAUGAAGUGCGUUCGUCCCGAUAAAGCCAAAAAGGGUCCAGUGAUCCAGUCCGAUUUGUGCCGUAGUCUUAGUAAACAGAUUCCCGAUAUGUCCAUACAAUGUCCAACUGUAGCGGACUUCACUAAAACAAACGAGGACAGUUAUUUCGCAUCCGUAUUUGAACAACUAGUUUAUAGGACAAACAUCUAG